AUGACUGGACAGGCAGGACUCAAGGCCGGCGAGACCUUCCCAGAGGGCGUCAAGUUCAAGUACAUCCCAUGGACCAACGCUGACACCAAGGUCUGCGGUAUCCCCGUCACCUACGAUGCCUCCAAGGAGUUCCAGAACAAGAAGGUCGUGCUCGUUUCCGUUCCAGGCGUUUUCACCCCAACCUGCUCUGGCAACCACGUCCCACGCUUCAUCGAGAAGAUCUCCGAGCUGAAAGCCAAGGGCGUCAACAACCUCAUCAUCAUCGCCCCCAACGACGCCUACGUCAUGUCCGGCUGGCAGAAAGUCAACGUCGCCGGCAGCGACGACGACAACACCUUCGUGCUCUUCAUGUCCGACCUCGAGACCAAGCUGGCCGCCAAGAUCGGCUGGACGGCGCCGGGCGACCGCAACGGUCGUUGGGCUGCGAUCGUCGACCAUGGCAAGAUUGCUUAUGCGGAGGUUGAGACGGAGUUGCAGGCUGUUACUGUGUCUGGUGUGGACGCUAUCCUCGAGAAGCUCUAA